AUGGGAGCAUCGGCGCGGCGGGGAGUAAGCGGGGCGUUGCCCGAAGGGAAUGAGCUGUGCGAAUUAGGCGAUACAGCGGCGUCGGCAGACACGAAUAACGGAGCAGCUUAUAACGGAGACAGGCUCCGCUCUAUAUUUGCACAGGGGACGAGCUUUUCGGCUGCUAGUGAGCGGCCGUGGAGCAGCGGAGGGUGGGGCGUGGCGGACGGGGCGGGGGAAAGCGUUUCGGAGCGCGGGGACGCGGAGAGGGAGGAUAUAGAGCGGCGCGUUUCGUACAGUAGCAGCAUUGCUGGCGCGGCUGGUAGUGUAGUUAGCAGCAGCACUGCGGCUUAUACUGAAACUGCUUAUAGCGAGUCGCUGAUUAUCCAGCACACGGAUCGUGACACGGAUUGUGAGAGUGUGACGUCAGCAUCUAGCGGCAGCGGGUACGACGCGCUUGCGUGGGGGGGGUCCGCGCCGAUGGGAGGAGAAAAUGCGCCAAUGGGCGGAGGGAACGCGCCGAUGGGCGGAGGAAACGCGGUGAUCGGCGGAGGAAACGCGCUGACGGGAGACGAAAGCGCGCUGAUGGGGGGGAGAAACGCGCGGCUGGGUGAAACUCUUGCGGACGGGAACGGCGGAGACUUCGCGACCCUCUGGCGGAGCCUCCCCCGCGACCUGCGGCGCACGCGGUCGCUGCAGAGCCCGCGGGGGAACGCACAGGGGUAUCUCGGGGGGAACGCGGGGGGAGGUUUUGGGGGAGAAUCGAGGGGGGAUGGCGGUCACGUGACGACUGGUAGCAUGCGACGUGUGGGUAGCGAAGAGAUGUUACCACCUAGCGCAGACCCGCUUACCCCCUCCGCGCACACCCCCGCGGAUCUCAACCCCACGUCCCCGCGGUCUGCUGGCGGCGCCGCGUGGGUGGUGAGCGUGCCGUCGUUCGCGCAGCAUCGCCUGCGCGUCGCGUCGGCGGAACGGGCCACGCGCGGAAGGGGUGAGGGGCGCGGAGGGGACGAGGGGCAGGGGGGAAACCCUGCGCGGGGAGGGGGCGAGGGGCCGGGGGGAGACGCUGCGCGGGGAAGGGGGGAGGGAAGGAUGGCAGACCAGCACUCGCAAGAUCACCAGCAGCAGCAGCACUCUCAGCAGCACUCUCAGCAGCACUCUCAGCAGCACUCUCGGCAGCCAGAGCAGGAGCAGCAGCAGCAGCACUCUCAGCAGCAGCCACAGCCGCUGCCGCCGAGGUCUCACAGGCGAACACGCAGCCUGCAUGCAGGCGAGAUGGAGUGGAAGAGGCUGGAGCAGAUCGGCGAGUUCACCAUCCCCUCCUUCCACCACUCGCCUUCCACUCUCCGCCACGCUCUCCCUUCCCCGUCCGCGCCCCUCACCUCUCCCUCCUCGUCCGCGCCCCUCCUCUCCCCCUCGCUGCAAUCCCGGCUCCGCUCCCCCUACUCGCCUCGCCUGCCUCCCCUUUCCCCCAGAGUUGCAGCUAAACCCCGGUCACUGCCUCACCCAAGCGCUCAGCACCCAAUCGUGCCGCACGCAGCCGUGCCACACCCAGCAGCAAACUCAAUAUUCCCCAACUCACGGAGCUCCGGUUCCCUUACCUCUUCCAAUCGCAUUCGCGUUUCCGUUUGCGCCUCAGUUCCACCUUUCCCACAGCCACCGCCUGUGUUUUCCCCGUCUGCCAAGGGACCCCCCAGAAAGGCCACACAGAAUGGCUUUGAGGCGCCUCAGAAACCGGCUGAAGUUAUUUCCAUGGAAGAAAAUGGGGGUAGAUUCAGGGGUGCUAGUUUGGAGGCGCCUCCAAAAUCCACUACACCCAGGCAGCCGUUUCGACGGUGCAAAUCGUUCGGCGCUGGAAGAAGCGUGUGUGAUUACAGCGGAGCUUCUGCUUACGGUGUGAUUGCCAACAAGGGCGACGAUGGUGGUGGCACCCUCAUUCCUGACGGCUGCCUUGCAGAACGGACAACGGCCCGUCCUCCUCAGGAUAGUGGUGUUCAGGUCGGUGCAAUGUGGUGCAUGGUGCCUUCAACGGCAGAGUCAAUGGCAGCACCACUGCCGCCCUUGCCUCUGCAUGCUGCCGCACUUUUCCCACGGGCGGUUUCCGCACCACCCGUUGCAUCUGACGUUUCUGAGCCGCCUUGCAAUUUUCCACAGGCGGUUAUCAGUCCUACGGGUGUGAUAUCCACACCAGAAGCGGCUGUAUCAGUGGAGACAUUACCACUGGGUGUAGCGUGGGAACCAGCGGCUGUAGCGGAAGCGGUACAUGUGGCGCCACGCGAUUGGGUGGAGGACUCGUAUUGCUACCUGAAGGAUGAGGAUGGGGUUGCUGUUCCCUCUGGCGAUGAGUGGAGCGGCUAUAAUGGGCCUUCCGGCUUCCGCGCUUUAGCUUCCGCCACCAGCCACGAUUCAGAUUUUGCCACCCGCGCUUCAAGCUCCGCCACUCCCACUUCAACUUCCGCCACCCGCACUUCAACUUCCGCCACCCGCGCUUCAACUUCCGCCACCCGCGCUUCAACUUCCGCCACCCGCGCUUCAACUUCCGCCACCCGCGCUUCAACUUCCGCCACCCGCGCUUCACCUUCCGCCACCCGCGCUUCACCUUCCGCCCUCAUCGCGCCUGGUGACAUUGGCUUCCGCCCCUCGCGCACUGGGCCGGGCGGCCGUAAGCGCAUGUCUCGAACAGUGACCAAUCGGGUGGCGAGAGCCGUGCACGCGCUGCUAUUGGCUGCUAGAUCUGACAACCGAUCUGACAACAGGCGGGGGGAAGCGCCACUGGGUGAACUUCGCAGACUGAAGAAGCUUCCGGCGGGUUUCCUGCGAUCGAUCGCUGAGGAGCUGUGGCGCCUGCAGGAGUUUGAACUCGCAGCAGAUGUCCUUGAGUCAGUCCCACCAGCCAUGUGCUCUGAUCACAGGCGAUCAAAUUCAUCAGAUUCUUCGGAUAAAUCAGAUUCCGAGGAUUCUGAAGAGUCUGAUUUUCCUGCUCGCGGUGGCAGCAGCCCUGAGCGCGAGAUGACACGUCAGCAGGGGACAUGUGGCAACCAGCAGUGGACAGGUGGCGCAGUGCGAUUGCACGCGCGUGUGGCAGCGGGGUUGGUGGCAGCGAAUCAGGUGGAGAGGGGAGUGCAGCUGAUUGGCCAGAUGCCCCGAGUGCAUACACAGGUGACUAAUUCAAACACGAUGCAGCAUGGGGUGUAUCAGCAGGCUACUGAUUCAGGCACAAAGGACAAAAGGAGCACAGCACUCACAGCAGAAGUUCCAGCAGGGCAGUCAGUUUCGCCUGGCUGCGUCACACGGCCACUGGCCUCCGCAUCUCUUCCCAUUCUGGGCAGCCUUCCCGUGCCCCUGUCGCCUUUUGAGGCGCCUCAAAAAACAGUUUCGCCUGGCUGCGUCACACGGCCACCGGCCUCCGUAUCGCUCCCCAUACUGGGUAGACUUCCCUUGCUCCUAUCCCCUGCACCGCCACUCUGGAACGCUCUCGUGUCACAGCAGUUCAUCCCAUCAAACCAGCUGACAGCGGCAGAAUGCCCAGCCGCACCAGAGCAACAGGCAGCAGCAGAGGAACCAGCGACGUAG